GCUGUGCGUUGGCGGCGGGAGUGGGAUUGGUGCUCGAAAAGUUUCAGGACAGGAAGCCGGAGGUAGUGAAGCCUGAUUCAGUGUUAACCCAUUCGUGGUCCCUGGUCCGCCGAGCUGCUCCUCGCUCAUCCCUUAUCAUGAAGUUGGUAACGUUUCUGCUCCUGAUCGGGUCCUAUCGGUCUGUGCUCUGCACCAGGAGGAAUAUCGUGCUGAUACUGACGGAUGACCAGGACGUGGAGCUGGGGGGAAUGACUCCCAUGAAGAAGACUCGAGCCUUAAUUGGAGAUGCAGGAGUUACAUUCACUAAUGCGUUUGUUGUCACUCCACUUUGCUGUCCAAGUCGCAGUGCGAUUUUAACUGGGAAGUAUCCACACAAUCACCUGGUGCGGAACAACUCACUAAGUGGGAACUGCAGCAGUGUGCACUGGCAGAAAGUCAUGGAGCCACAGGCCUUCUCUGUCUACCUAAAGAAGAGGGGAUACCAGACCUUCUAUGCGGGCAAAUACCUCAAUCAGUAUGGGCAUCCUGCAGUUGGUGGAACAGCCCAUGUCCCCAUGGGCUGGGAUCAUUGGCAUGGACUGGUGGGAAACUCAAAGUACUACAACUACACGUUAUCUGUGAACGGUGCUGCUGAAAGGCACAAUGGCAACUACCAAAAGGACUAUCUGACUGACCUCAUAGCAAACCGCUCUGUGGAAUUUCUGGAGUCCAGGAAGCAUGAUGUUCCAUUCUUCAUGGUGCUGGCAACCCCGGCCUGUCACUCCCCCUGGACUGCAGCUCCCAGGUACACCAAAUCCUACGUCACCGUUAAAGCUCCACGCCAUGGAAGCUUCAAUGUUCAUGGAAAGAAUAAACACUGGCUGAUCCGACAGGCUAAGACACCAAUGAAGAACACUUCUAUCGAAUUUUUGGACAGUGUUUACAAAAGAAGGUGGCAGACUCUGCUCUCUGUGGAUGACCUGGUGGAGAAGGUGAUCAAUAAAUUGGAGGAAGUGAAGGAGCUGAACAACACCUACAUCUUCUAUACAUCCGACAAUGGCUAUCACACAGGGCAAUUCUCUCUCCCCAUUGACAAGCGGCAACUCUACGAGUUUGACAUCCGAGUGCCGUUGCUGGUUCGUGGACCAGGCAUCAAACCCAAACAGGACAUUAAGGAACCCAUACUCAAUAUUGACUUGGCCCCUACAUUUUUGAAUAUUGCUGGAUAUGAUGAAUUGAAAAGCAUGGACGGCAUGUCCUUCCUUCCUCUCGUGGACCCUUCACAGAAUAAAACCCACUGGCGCACUGAUUUCCUGGUGGAAUACACAGGGGAAGGUAGUGACAGGAGUGACCCUUCGUGCCCCAGUGUAGGGCCUGGUGAGACUGAAUGUUUUCCUGACUGUGUGUGUGAAGAUUCCUUUAACAACACCUAUGCUUGUGUCCGGACAUUAUCCAAAAGCAAUCUGCAGUACUGUGAGUUUGCAGACAGUGAGAAUUUUGUGGAAGUCUAUAACUUGACCUCUGACCCACAUCAAUUGACCAAUAUCGUCAAACAUGUGAACCCCUCGCUACUUGUUAAGAUGAACCAGAGGCUGAUUAAACUAGAGUCUUGUUCCGGUAAUGACUGCCGGACCGUUUGGCGAGAGGAAAAUUGAUUUGAUUCCUAACUGAAGGAAUAUUGAAGAGUUCCUCCCCUUGGUGGAUGACCUUUGGAUUUGAGACAAACAGACUGAAUGUACCAGCCUCCAUCCACUAAGGAAAUACUGUGAAUUGUAAACCUAAUUUGUGUGGGGCCACAAAUAAUCCAAGAGAAAGAAAUUAACCGAAGUGUGUGCAAUAAAUGAAAUUGGGGUGGGGGGGGGGGGGGAGAAAUCCCUGAAUUACAACAGUAUCCUAUUUUUGAACAAGCAAGAAUCUUCUUGCUCUUGUAAUAAGCUGCCAGUGUCCAACUGCUCUGUGGGGAAAACCCAGCACUUUUUUGGGGGUGGGGGGGGAGUGGUGUGAACGUAGCUUCCCAUCGAUGGUCAGUGGAUGUUUGAGAGUUGUUGAUUGCAUAUACUGAGCAACUGCUUGACCUACCAAGUUGUUGGCUUGGCUUUUAGAAUACUUUGGUUAUCAAGAUUUGAUAUUUACACCUUCUUUCCCCCCCCCCCCCCCCCCACCACCUGGUUGUUUGGCUGAGUGGUUGGGAGGGCAGUUCUCCUACACACCUGACUGAGCAAAUUGCCAGUGUGUAGAUGACUGCAUUCUGCUGAAUCAACUCUUCAGGACUCUCUGCUAAAUUGGAUCAACCAAUCAGGAGGCUGAUUUUGUUUUUUUGACUGAUGCCCAGAGUGAAGUCAUUCACAAAAAUGCUGCAGUGACCCUCAGAUUUGAGGGUUGUGAUUGACUGACAGAAUCACAAAAACAAACUUGCAUUCUCUAUUGAAAUUACAAUUGACUGAGCCAGCUACCUGUUUCUUGCUUGCUUUCCAUAAUGAAAUUUUCACAGCAGAUGAAGGGCAUUUAUAUGGGAAUCAGCUCUCAGACAUGAGUGCUUUGCUUCAUCGUCGUGUUAAAUCACUUCAAAGCCUUCUGAAUCAUUUAGUCUCUAUUUGUAACUUUGUGUUGGAAUCUUUUCAAAAAUGCUGCAUUGAUUUAAUCAUCUCUUUGGGAAUUUGGACUUGUAGCCUAUAUUUAGAAGUUUAUUUUGUUUUUUGCCAACAGUAUCCUUUUUGUAUGAAUAAACCUUUUUUUCAGUGUAGAAGAAUAACCAGAAAUUAAAUAAUGCAGAUGGAUUUUUGAAUUAAAAACAAUUAUUGCUUAGUGGCUGCUCUGUGUGUGUGUGUGUGUGUGUGUGUGUGUGUGGUUCUUUUGAAGCAGGUGACUGGUUUUGCUUUUUUUUUUAACCCCUGCAAGUACUGAGGUACAAAGCUGAGCUGGAGUUGCAGUAGAACAACUUUCACCUUGGGCUCUAAUGUGAAUGUCAUGGAUUGUGAAAAGUUGGUGCAUCUAUAAAAGCUUAAGACAUUAAUUCCAGUUUGUGAAAACAGGUCUUGUUGAUGGUGUCCUGACUCCAUUUUUGUUCUAAAGGAGGGGGCAAAAAGUAGGGAGGUGUGAUGAUGG